AUGCAAGCUCUGUUCCGGGCGACCAGACAUCCAGACUUCAAGCCUGUUCCUGGCGCGCUCAUCCCUUUGCUCAUCAAGGCUGCACCGCGCUCGGGCUCAAACGUCUCCCGACAACAGAACGUCGCUGCGACUAUUGGAGCCGAUGCCGCUGCUGCAAGCACAGCCUUUGCCCAAGGUCUUCUCGACUCAGACUCGGAGCAUGCUGUCAAAUACGCCGCCUCUCAGCCUUAUAAGCACGGUGUGGUUGAUGGCUUGCUGAACGAUGCCCUGCUCACAGCCGCCCGGGAGGAGAUCGUCGCAGAGCUGCGUUUCACCGAGAAGGAAACGGACAUCUACAAAGUCAAUCAGACUGGUGAUCUCGCCAACUUGGACGGCUUGCCAGACUCUGAAGUCGGCAGGCUCCAAAAUCUCCUGCGAGUUCGCAACGCCAUCUACAGCGAGCCUUUCAGGGCUUGGCUGAUGAGCGUGACUGGAUGCGGACCGCUCAGCGCGAAGAACAAGGACAUGAGCAUUAACGACUAUCGUGCGGGAUGCCACCUACUCAAUCACGAUGACGUCAUCGGAACUCGCCGGCUGUCCUACAUACUCUACUUGCCCGACCCGAGCGAGGAUUGGAAGCCGGAGUACGGCGGGGCGUUGGAAUUGUAUCCAACCGUCUCUCGAGGUGUGCCUGUCAAUGUCCCAAGUGUCGUCAUUCCGCCAAAGUGGAACCAGUACACGUUCUUCACGGUGCAGCCAGGCCAUUCCUUCCACAGCGUCGAAGAGGUUGUGGAUCCCAGCCGCAGUAGACUCAGCAUCAGUGGAUGGUUCCACCGCCCACAGCCUGACGAGAAGGGCUUUGACCAGCAGGAUAAAGAAAGAGAAGAGGAAGAACGAAAGGAGCACGCCAGUGCAGAAGGCCUUGCAUCGAAGAAGGCAACAGCCUCUUUUAAAGCAUAUCCCGAGGAGCUGAACCCUCCCCUCCCCGGCUCAGCCCUCAGUACUGUUGAUCGGACGUACCUGGCCCAAUUUCUGAAUCCGGCUUACUUGCAGCCAAAGACUCAAGCUCAGCUAUUUGAACGUUUCGGCGACGAAUCGCACAUCUUGCUGGCGGACGUCCUGCGGCCAGAGCUAGCUUCUAGCCUCGAGAAGGCCUUGAAGAGCGCUGAUGGAGAAGCUGGCCUUAGGUGGUGGGAGAAAGGUGGGCGGGGUCAGGCAAGGAUUCCCGAUCACCAAACCGGUGUCACGGAGCGAUGGAAGAUUGUGGGACCACCCCAUCGCCAGCGGUACUUGUCAUUAGUGGGCAAAGACGAGCUCGCGAAGCCUGCUCUGUCCAACGCGCCCAUUCCGCAACCGAUCCCUACGGACCCUGAAAGUGUGCUGGACCUGCUGCGAUCGCACUUGUUCCCCUCGCCGGCUUUCCGGCACUUUUUGGCAAACGUGACUCAACUUGUUCCGAUUGGAGCACGUCCCUUCGAGACCCGACGUUUCCGACCAGGUUUGGACUACACGCUUGCACGAGCAGAUAGCGAGGCGGUACUGGACAUUUGCCUUGGUCUCACUCCGGAUGUGGGACGAAGUGCAAUCGACGCUUCAGGCGGCGCGACUGCGCCCAAGGGACUAGCUGCAAAGAAGGCUGCUGCAAAACGCGCAAAGACGAACGCGACGAAAUCGAAUGGAGGCAUCACCAAGGCUGAGGCGAAAGAGUUGGCUCAAGCUUGGGAAACCGGGGAUGUUGGAGGCUGGGAGGCCUACAUGGCACCUGCUAAUGAUGAGGAGGAUCCAGCAGUGUACGGUGGAAAUGUCAAGAAGCCUAAGAAUGAGGAGGGCGCGCCGAUCCAGGGUGAUGUCGAUAUGCGUGACGCAGAAGUAGAGGAGGAGGAUGACGAAGACGAAGACGAAGACGAAGACGACGAUGGGGUGUUGCUUAACAUCACACCCACAUGGAACACCCUUAGCAUUGCCCUGAGGGAUGAGGGAGUGAUGAAGUUCAUCAAGUAUCUUUGCGCCUCGGCUGGAGGUAGCCGCUGGGAUGUUGUUGGCGAGCUUGAAGUGGGAGCUGCCAUCGAAGAAGAAGACGACGACGUCCAAGGAUAA